UGGAUGAAAUUUGUAGCUUCCUAGAUACUCACAUGGAAACACGCAAAAUAAGUUUGUGGAGGCGGGUUGCUUUAGCUGUCACACGUGCCUGUAGCUGGAGCUCAGUAAAUUUGGAUACAGCGAUUUGAAGUAUUCAGUAGCAUAAUGAAGAUAGAGGAGGUGAAGAGUACAACUAAGACUCAACGUAUUGCUGCCCAUAGCCAUGUGAAGGGUCUUGGACUGGAUGAUAAUGGGGUAGCUAAACAGGCUGCUGCAGGGCUUGUUGGCCAGGAGAACGCCCGGGAGGCUUGUGGUAUCAUAGUGGAACUUAUCAAGUCAAAGAAGAUGUCUGGAAGGGCAGUCCUGCUUGCAGGACCUCCAGGAACUGGCAAGACAGCAUUGGCACUGGCUGUUGCUCAAGAGUUGGGCAAUAAAGUACCUUUCUGUCCAAUGGUAGGCAGUGAAGUUUAUUCCACUGAGAUCAAGAAGACUGAAGUACUGAUGGAGAAUUUCAGAAGGGCUAUAGGUCUGAGAAUUAAAGAAACAAAAGAAGUGUAUGAAGGUGAAGUAACAGAACUGACACCUUGUGAAACUGAGAACCCCAUGGGAGGGUAUGGAAAGACCAUUAGCCAUGUUAUUAUUGGACUGAAAACUGCAAAAGGAACUAAGCAACUUAAGCUUGACCCCAGUAUAUAUGAGAGCCUUCAGAAGGAACGAGUGGAAGUAGGAGAUGUAAUUUAUAUUGAAGCCAAUAGUGGUGCUAUCAAGAGACAGGGCAGGUGUGAUACAUAUGCCACGGAAUUUGACCUUGAAGCUGAAGAGUAUGUACCUCUGCCAAAAGGAGACGUGCACAAAAAAAAAGAAAUCAUUCAAGAUGUUACACUUCAUGACCUGGAUGUAGCAAAUGCCAGACCACAGGGAGGACAAGACAUACUUUCAAUGAUGGGGCAACUAAUGAAGCCCAAAAAAACAGAAAUUACAGAUAAAUUACGUGGCGAAAUUAACAAGGUGGUGAAUAAGUAUAUUGACCAAGGUAUUGCUGAGCUUGUGCCUGGUGUGUUGUUUAUUGAUGAAGUUCACAUGCUCGACAUUGAGUGCUUUACCUAUCUACACCGAGCCCUGGAGUCCACAAUUGCACCCAUUGUCAUCUUUGCUACCAACCGUGGGAACUGUGUUGUUCGAGGCACUGAAGACGUGGUGUCUCCCCAUGGAAUUCCUCUUGACCUUCUUGAUCGGGUGAUGAUUAUUAGAACAAUGCUAUAUACCCCACAGGAGAUGAAACAGAUUAUAAAGAUUCGUGCACAGACUGAAGGAAUUAGCAUUAGUGAAGAGUCCCUAAAUUACCUGGGAGAAAUCGGUACCAAGACUACAUUACGAUAUGCUGUGCAGUUGCUGACACCAGCCAACCUUUUAGCCAAGAUUAAUGGAAAAGACAGCAUUGAGAAAGAGCAUGUGGAAGAAAUUAACGAGUUAUUCUAUGAUGCCAAAUCAUCUGCAAAAAUCUUAGCUGACCAGCAAGAGAAGUAUAUGAAAUAAAUAUCUCCUGUUGUAGAAGAAAAGAGCACUUUGGUAGAUUCUUCUGCCAUUUCGUGCCACUGUGUCCUGGGCAUUGGAUUUCAGUGGCAGACUCUGCAGUGCAGGGUUAUUCAUUUUCAAAACUGGAGACUCCAGUGAGGGAUACUUUCUUAGUACCCAAAUUGGUGAAUAGUCCUUACUGUAGUCAAUAAAUAACAGAAGAUGUUGACUGAUUUGUGAAAUGGAGGGGUAUUUUUUGAAAAGCUCUGAGUGCUGUUUCAUUUCAGCAUUUGAAUGCAUACUUGUAACAAUGUUAGAUUACUGCUUUUUCCUGAAUUGACUAAUAUUAGCCAUUUUACUCUCUACUUUCUUUUUACCUUGUUGUUUCUUUCCUAGUUCCUUUUAACUUCUGUUUGUUCUGUUUUAUGUCUCUUGCCUCCCUUCCCUCAUGUGCCUUGUUUCACAUUUUCCUUCCCCACCUCUUUAUUUCUUUGUCUGUUGUGGUAUGUUCACUUUUUUGUUUAGUGUUACUUAACCGGUCACAGUUCACUGCAUUGUAGUUCAUGGUAUAUGUUUUUCAGUAAGAAUAUGUGAAUGAUUCCUCCCACUUCAAAGUUUCCAGAUUUCUACACAAUUGUAUAAAUGACAUUGUUUUUUUUUUUUUUUUUUUUUUAAAUAGAAAACUGUGAAUGCAAAGUUGUGUUUGCAUUGAACUUGUACAUUGGGCCUGCUUAAUAUUACAGUAUAUUUUGUAGUAAAGUUAUGUAACAAGUAUGCUAACUUUUGUCCUGGUGUAAUUAUUGGUUACCUGUGAAUGUCAGCUAAUGUAAAUCCCUUUUCUUAAUUGCAUCCUGAGCCCAAAGAACAGCAUAAUACAUGUGUGUUUAUAGAAACUGUAUCAUUUGUGAUGGUCCAGAAUUUUUUGGUAGUUCACUUUUGCAUACUGUGCAAAGUGUGGAAGUGUUUGAAAUACACAAUAUUGUUAAUCAGUCUUCUUCUUCUUAAUUUACUUUAUUACAUUUAUUUUAUAUUUUCAGAGGAACUGCUCACUGUCCGUUUAAUUAUUUGAGUUUACAUGGGUGAGUCUUACGUUGUUGAGCACAUUUUAUUACUUAGACUUUUGUGUAUGUUAGUAAGUAGCAUUGUUCUCCUUUAGCUGUGAUGUGUUUUUCUAAGGCUUCUUAGAGGUAUUCCUUUUAGUUUACUUUAUGCCUCUUUGCAUACCUUUCCAGCUGACCAUCAGCUACUCAGUAUUGCUUCAUCUGGUCCUAACUUUUUGUCCCCAGUACUACUCCCUCUGGUGUGCUAAUACUUUUGUUAUGCCUAAAAGGGCAGGACUUUUUGAUGUCACACACAUCACUGUGUGUAGCAUCAGUUAGUUCUUGACUCCCCCAUCCACAUUAUGCAGAAUUCAGUGUUUAUCUGCUGUGCAAUACACUACCCCUACAGUAGGGGAGAGUGGUACAUUGCAGUCAGAAAUCCCACCCUCCUUCUCAGAAUGUGCAAGCUGAGAAUUGCAUUUCCUUCCCACCUAUCCCCACCUGUCUCCUCCUGCGUUUGAGCCACUAAUUAAACUCGGGACAUCUGGGUUGCAGUCAAGCUUUCAUCCACCUGCACCACAGAGCUGGGGGUAUUUUAGUUUACUCUCUAAUACCUUAGCAUUAUACACGUGUCUGACUUACCUAGUCUGUGGCUCCCUGUGGCAUUGCCAUAGUGAUGAAUGCUUUUUGUUGUACUGUACUUUGUGCAUGAAGUUGUAAGCAAAAUUCCACCUGGUACUUGCUUGUAGUUUAUACCCAACAGGUGGGGAAGAAGUUUAUUGAUAGAGUUUUUUUUUGUUAUUACUGUCCAGAGCAGAAAGUUAACUAAGGUAGUUAUGCUUGUUCUAGUAAGUAAGUAAAAAAAAGUCAUUGCUUUCAGGAUGGGCAUUACUUUAAAAAGGCGAGAUGUUUGUAAAGAAUCAGUGGGAACUUAACUGCAUGCUUUGAACUCCAUAUAUAAGGUAUCUUGAGGCAGAACGUGGACAUUUGGACAAAUAAAUCCUGCUGUAUAAGAAUAAAAUGGAGCACAUCCUUCAUAGUAUUUGUGUGAUUGCUAAAUAAAGAGCCACUAUCUUA